AUGGUUUCACCCCUGUCCCCCACAGGUUCAAACCAUGAGUUGUCGUCCCAUACCUCAGACAACAAGCAGGGACAGCGCCUUGAUGACCUCAAGGUGUCAUUGCCAGGGUUUAACAGCAAGGGACCUCAGAGUGAUAACCAUCACGGCUCUGCACCUCAGAUCUCUGUGACCGAGAGUACUCCAGAUAGAAACAGGAAAGUUCUUUUACCAGCCAACCAAUUACAGGUUCCCUCUCAGAAUGACUGCUCCAAUUCCAUAAAGGAAGAAUCACCUGAUGAACAACAAAAGUUCAUGAACAUGAUCAGCCAUGGACAGCGUGGACGCAUGGAUGACCAGCGCUGUUCCUUAAAUCCUAGCAAGAGUGCUCCUUGCACACCUAAACAAACAGACAGAAAGGUUGCUGCAGGUCAAGAUACUGAAAUGUUAUUCAACCUCUUGGCCAACACUCAGAGCCAACGGCUCGACGACCAGAGAGUUUCUCUUCCGUCAUUACCAGGAUUACAGAAAGACAGAAAUGACACAUCUACUGCAGGAGGAGAUUCAAACUACUUGUGUUACAUGGUCUCUAAAGUCCAGGGUUCCAGAAUGGAUGACCAAAGGUGCUCGCUACCUCAAAUCCGAACCCCGGACAGCCAGUCUUCACCUAAAAAGGAUGUGUCUGGUUUAAGCCCUCCACGCUCAGCCUCCUUCAGUCCCAGUUCAGACAUAGAACGACCAAAGAGCAAAGAUAAAGCAUCUCAAAAACAGGUCUUGGCUGCAACUGAUCAGGAAGAUUUUUUUAACCUAAUGAGUCAUUCCCAGCGUGGGCGAAUGGAUGAACAACGAUGUGUCUUAAAUGUUACUCCCCAGUCCACGCCGAAACACAAGCCCAGUCAGAGCACCAUGCCCAAAGGUCCAGAUUCUGAAAAGUUCCUCAACCUGUUGGCCAACUCUCAAGGCCGACGGCUUGAUGACCAGCGAGUGUCUCUUCCUUCAUUGCCAGGGAUACAGAAUGGUGGUACCACAUCAACAUCAACUGCGGCAGAGAUGGAUGCAAGCUACCUGUGUUACAUGGUCUCCAAAGUCCAGGGAUCUAGGAUGGAUGAACAAAGAUGUUGUGCACCCCAAAUCCUCCAGAAUCCCAAAUCAGACACAUCUGAUGAAACUCCCCAGAGGUCUGCCUCUUUAAACCGUGACAAAACCGACCAACAUCAGCAGGACUCAACUCCAGCUGAGCAGGAGAAGUUUUUCAAAAUAAUAAGUAAGGCACAGGGUGGACGUAUGGAUGAGCAACGUUGCUCUUUACAACCGAGCAAAAGUAACCCUGCCACCCCCACACACAAUGGAAGUGCUUUGAAUAACGUACCCACAGGUGCAGAGGCUGAUGCAUUCUUCAAAAUCCUUGCCUCCAGUCAGGCACGACGGCUAGACGAUCAGCGUGUUUCACUUCCUACUCUGCCAGGCAUAAGUGGGAAUUCUGAACGAAAAGAAAAUACGAAGUCUGGGAAUCCAGCUCGUCCACCACACAUCACUGUUGCUGAGAGUACACCAACAACACCAAGGAAGGACUAUUCCAGACCUACCUCUCAACCCCAAAUGGCUAAUGCAGCAUAUGGCUCCCCCAGUGUCCUGCCAAAAUCUGCUUCGUUUACACCUGAAACAGAAUAUCAGAAGAAUCUAAAUUCCCCAGCACAGGUGACAGUGAGGGUGUCCAUGAGUUUCACACCACAGCAGGGACGGGAGAAUGAUGAUCAGCCAUGUACAUUCCCAGAGGUCUUUCUCACUCUAGGAGCCCCAGGAGAUAACCUUGUGAUUCCUCUGAGUCCAGGACCUGGCAGACCCCUGUCCUUCAACUUAAACCUUGUCCCAAAAGAAGAUGUUAAGUCCAGGCACUGCUCUCCAAGCCGUGCAAGUCCCAGGAAAGCCCGCUCAAGAUCAUCAUCUCCCAACCCAGGUGCAACCUGUAAAGCAUAUCCUGUAACUUCAUGCCCACAUGAACAGGGGGAGCUUGUGACCAGCCCCAUCAGUCCAGAUGAAGACUGCUUCUCCCUGAUUGAGAAGAUUCAUACAGCCCAGAUGCAGAAAGGAGGGCAGAAAUAUAAAGGGGAUCCUGGAAAGGGGAGGGAAAAGGCAGACCAAGGAAAGGGAAAGGGGGGUGGAAAGAAAGAUAGAAAGGAUGGUGGCAAUAAACAAUAGUAUGCAACAUUGUAAAUCAUCUAUUGAGGAGAACAAUAGAGGUCAAAUGUGAGCUGCCAGUAAUUGGCUUGGACAGUAACUAAUGCAACAAUGUUUAUAAAAUAGUAUUUUUGGUUU